AUGUCUACGGCAACGCCAGAGCUUAGCACCAGGCGACGACGGAAGCUUCCAUCGGGCCCGGGCUACGACGACGACGACGACGACGACAUCGACCUCGCCGCCAUCGAGGCCGCGGGAAAGCGCGUCCGUUACUUCAUGGGAUCGCUGGGUGCCCUCGUCGUCCUGUUCGCUGUGCUGGUAGUGGUCCUGCCGUUCUUCACAGAGCCGAUGGCCAUAGGCCCGGGCUCCGUGGUGUGUGCCUCGCCGAUUUGCGCCCUGUACGGCCUGCGUCUCUCGACUUCGGUGAACGAGUCGAGCGAGCCCUGUCGGGACUUUUACGAGUUCGCCUGCGGUGGCUGGAGUCAAGUGCACGAUGGCACGUCAGCGCUCAGAGUGAUGGCCGACGCCGUUCUCGACCAGCUAGUCGCGCAGCUCCGCGAGCUGUCCGCGGGGAGUGACGGAAACCAGACGGCAAUGAUGAAGGCGGCCAUACUGUACCAGACAUGCGAGGCUGUGGUUCGUCACGGAAGGGACGAACUGCCACAGUUUCGAAAUAUACUGGACGCCGUUAACCUGCGAUGGCCGCGAGAGACCCGUCAGCCGAAGCUAUUGGACAUCCUAAUCAAUCUGGCAGCGGAGAAAGGAUACGCUCCAGUCUUCGAAUUGCGUUACAACGCGAGUAGCCACCAGCUGUGCAUCGAACCAAUUUACCAGCUAAAGCACAUAUUCGAGAUAAGGGCCACGCAGAGAGACACAGGGAAGUACUGGAGCUACUACCUAGUGUACUGCUCCGUCUUCGGAAUGCCCUCACCACGAAAGAGUGUCUUUGAUGAGUUAGACGCGCUAGAGUCGGCUGUCAUUCCAUAUAUAGACGAUGCGUACCGGACAGGCAAGCCGGUGACACGCUUCUUUGAUUCGCUGGACAACAUGGUUGCAGAGAUGGGAGGCUUCGGCAUCGAAGAGUGGUUGGAGGCUACAAACCGUCACGUGGGUGUCGUCAGGAGUAUCAACGUCACGCACUGGCAAGCGCUCAAAGUUCUAGGGACAUUAGCGGCUGCUUUGGGCAGCGCGUCCCUAUUUCGCUGCCUCGAGUGGUGGAUAGUGCAGGACCUGGGACCCUGGUUCCACGGGGAGUUGGCGGCGUUAGAGUACGGCGGCUCGAGGCACUCGCACGACCUGCGCGCGCGACAGUGCCUCGGACUCGUGGAGCGAUACAUGGGCGUGAUCGCGUGGGCGCCGGUCUCAACUCCCACCGACGUCGUGGAUGACGUCACGCACGUCGUUCGCGCCGUAUGGAAAGCUACCCCAUUCGGCAGCGCAUCCAACGGUAAGGACGGAUUGUCGAUGCUCGUACCAGAAUCGCCACCCGCUGCACACUUCGUAACUCAGAAAACAGUCGAGAAGAUGGAGUCGCUCUACGAGCAGUAUCCCGCCAUGACGAAGGCCAGCUUCGUGGAGAACUUGAUGAAAGCGAUGAGGACGCGUCACUCGCUGCGCUCCCAAUUCCACCGAGAGAGAGUCUCGUUCUCUUCCAGGAUGUCGAUGGCCGCGGCACCGGUCGAAGUCUACGAUUCCCAAGAGCGCAAGCUGAUAAUGUUUCCGUUCGCGCUGACUUCUCCCCUUUACGAAGACGGAAUCGUCGCGAGCGUGAAGUUUGCCGGCCUCGGUUCCAAGAUCGCCGACGCCAUCUUUAGGAACGCUACUUCGGCGUACAGGUCCUCGCAAGGAGGCCAGCUGCCAGCUUUGCUGGCCGAUUUCGUCACCUGCCUCAGGGCUUCGUACGACGAGCCGAACACUGACAACCGCGUCGCUACGCCAGAGCUCGACCACAUCUCCCGAGCGUUCGCGCUCGAAAGUUCGUGGCGCGCGUUUCGCGCCGAAGCCUUACUGGGCAGCGGAGGAGAAGACGUGCGGCUGAAGAACUUCGAUGGCUACAGCGCGGAGAAGACCUUCUUCGUGACGUGGUGUCACGUACUGUGCUCCACCGACGAACCCGGCAUGGCGAAGCGCUCCUGCAACGCGGCGCUCAAACAGAGCAGCGACUUCGCGGAGGUGUUUCGUUGCGAGAAAGCGGACGCCAUGGUUAGUUCGGACAGUUGCAGAGUCCCUUGGGCUCUCGACUAA